AUGGGGCCUUAUCAACCAAAACUUCGUGUAUAUCCUAAAACAACAUUUGGGACUAGUAAUCGGCAAUUUAAUCCUGAGUGGUUUAAUGCUCCAAAUUCUGCUUGGUUGGAAUAUAGCAUAGAUGAUGAUGCUAUAUUUUGUUUGUGUUGUUAUCUCUUCAAGAAUGAAUUUGAAAGUCGUGGUAAUGCGGGAAAAUCAUUUACACAAGAUGGUUUUAAGAAUUGGAACCAUGGUCCGGAAAGGAUUCGAUUGCAUGUUGGUGAGGUGAAUAGUAUUCAUAACAAAUGUUUGAAUAGGAUGCUUGAUUUUGCGAAUCAACGUCAAUCAAUUCAAUCUUCUCUUCACAAGCAAAGUGAAAAAACAAAAAGUGAUUAUCGAAUUCGUUUAAAUGCCUCAAUCAAUGUGGUAAGGUUUCUCCUAAGAAAUGGAUUGCCAUUUCGUGGUCAUGAUGAGAGUGAAGAUUCCGAUUACAAAGGUCUUUUUCUUGAACUUUUGAAAUUUCAUGGGGUUAAUCGUCCGGAUGUGGAAAAGGUGAUAUUACAACAUGCUCCAAAAAAUGAUAUGCAAUUCAAAAAGAAAUUGUGGAUAGCUAUCAUCAAAGACUUGGAUGGUGAUUAUUUUGGAAUACUAGUUGAUGAGUCAAAGGGCAUUUCACAUAAAGAGCAAAUAGCACUAGUUUUACGAUAUGUUAACAAAAACGGAGAGUUGAUAGAAUGCUUUUUGGGUAUUGUUCAUGUGGGUGAUACAUCCGCAAGAUCAUUGCAAAAAGGACUUCUUCGACAACACCAAGUUGAGAAGUUGGAAGAAUUGCUUAAAUCUGGAGAAAUUCUUACCGGACAAGGAUUAAAUCAAGAACAUGGCCUCCAACGACUGGGUGAUACUCGUUGGGUAUCCCAUUUCAAAACCUUGGAAAAUUUCAUGAUUAUAUUUUCUUCAAUUGCUAAUGUGCUUAAAGAUAUGAAAGAAAAUUCUCCACAUGAUCUUGAUAAACUUGCGGCAGAUGUUGCUUCUUACAAUGAAUUGAACAAAGCUUUACAAAAGAUAGAUCAAGAUAUUGUCAAUGCUAUGGGAUUGCUUAAUCUUUCAAAGAGAAGAUUACAAACAAUGAGAGAGAGUGGUUUGGAGUCUUUGAUGGAUGAGGUUUCUUCAUUUUGUGGUAAACAAGAUAUUUUGGUUCCGGAAAUGACUGAAGACUAUCCAAGAUCAAAGCGUAAGAAGUCCGAAAUUUCAUAUUUACAUCACUUUCGUGUGGAAGUGUUUUAUGCAGUUAUUGAUUUGCAACUUCAGGAGCUCAAUAAUCGUUUUGAUGUUGUGACUAGUGACUUACUCCUUGGCAUGGCUAGUUUGAAUCCGGUUGAUUCAUUUGCUAAUUUUAGUAAGAGAAGAAUAAUGAAGUUGGCCGAAUAUUAUAAAAGUGAGUUUGGUGAUAGUGAACUUCGAGAUCUCAGUUAUCAGCUUGAUAGUUUCAUUGUCUAUGCUUGA